UCGUUUUAAAUAUUGUCAUUCUUUGUGACUAGUCAUCAUUUCAUUCGGUUUAAUAUCUGAAUAUGAUGCUUCUGUAUUGUUUUGUAAUAUGCAUGGCUUCAAGUUUAGCAUCCGCUGGUGUACUUGAAGAUUUGAUAUAUGAAAUGGAGAAGCGUCAAUCGUAUAAACCGGCAUUUUUUGCAACAUUGUCUACAAAAAUGGUCAGCUUAAGAACGAAUCACGUAGUGAAGUUUAAUAAUGUAAAAACAAACAUUGGAGGUGGUUAUGACGCAAGUACCGGAGUGUUUACUGUUCGAACAAAAGGCACGUACGAGUUUGCAGUUAAUUUCAUUACUAGUAAUAGGCACGAGUGGCUCGAACUAGAUCUGAUUAAGAACAACAGCGUUGUUGUAAGGGGCCAUGCUGCUCAUGACCAAUUUACAUCGGGAUCUCUUCAAGCCAUCAUUGAACUGAAUGUAGGCGAUCGGAUCUGGGUAAAUCAUCCACGAAGUUCAGGGCUACUUUAUGGGGAUAAUUUCACGAUGUUUUCUGGCCAUUAUAUAUGAUUGAGAUGGAUCAAAUAAAAAGAUAAAAAUGAAAA